CUCGUCAAUCACAGUCGCGCCCAAGGCACCGCCCAAAACAGUGCUGCCACGCCCCUUUCGUCACUUCCUCUCUAGCUCCUGUGCAGUCAGUAAGGAAACCCGGGCGCCGCCGCGACUUUCUUUUUUUCAGGCGGCCGGGAAGAUGGCGGACAUACAGACUGAGCGCGCCUACCAAAAGCAACCAACCAUCUUUCAAAAUAAGAAGAGGGUUCUGCUUGGAGAAACUGGCAAAGAGAAACUUCCCCGAUAUUACAAGAACAUCGGUCUGGGUUUCAAGACACCCAAGGAGGCCAUUGAGGGCACCUACAUUGACAAGAAAUGUCCCUUUACUGGUAAUGUGUCCAUCCGAGGGCGGAUCUUGUCUGGCGUAGUGACCAAGAUGAAAAUGCAGAGGACCAUUGUCAUCCGCCGGGACUACCUCCACUACAUCCGAAAAUACAACCGCUUUGAGAAGCGCCACAAGAACAUGUCUGUGCACCUGUCCCCCUGCUUCAGGGACGUCCAGAUUGGCGAUAUUGUCACGGUGGGUGAGUGCCGGCCCCUGAGCAAGACCGUGCGCUUCAACGUGCUCAAGGUCACCAAGGCCGCUGGCACCAAGAAGCAAUUCCAGAAGUUCUGAGACUGGACACCUGCCCACUGCCCCAAACAAAAUAAAGUUAUUUUCCCAAUGUUGA